GAAUGUCUCAGCCUUGGAAAAGGCACUCUGCCACGUCAGCCAAUCAAAUUCAGAUCUGCCUAGGAAACACCUGUUGAUCUCGAUCCCCCACCCCCACCCUAGACGCACCUGGGUGCAGGCUCUGCAGGUGAAACGCCUCCCCGGAAACGAAGCUGAAGCGCCCCACCUGCCAGUCCUGCCUGCUCGAAUUGGAUCCAGCACUUUCAGGACGCUUUAAGCCAGCAGUGACAGCUGAGUCAUGUGAGUGGAUCCUGAAUGAGGCUUUAUCUCUGCUUCUCCGUCCCAGUCCCAUCUUCCACCGUGGCACCAGCUUCCUCCACCAGGCAGGAUGGGACAAGCAACUGAGAAAGCCAAAGAGGUGAUGGUGGCCACACUCUGGACUGUGAAAGGAGUAGGACUCAGGGCUUCUAGCUACCAAGCAGGUGGUGGGGACUCCUAGCCAUGACCCAGACCCUCUGACCCUGGACUCCCACCUCUGUGUUCAGCCUGACCUCUGCCAGACACAUGACCUUCAGCCAUGCCUGAAGAAGUUCCUGGUUCCCUGGGCCAGGGGCUGCCCCCAGACGUGCUGGCGGAACAGAUAGAACUGUGGUGGUCCCAGCAGCCACGGCGCUCGGCACUCUGCUUCACCAUGGCUGUGGCUCUUGUGGCAGGCUGCGGGGCAGGUGGUGUGGCUUUGCUCUCUUCCACCAGCAGCCGCUCGGGAGAGUGGCGAUUGGCUGUGGGCACUGUGCUCUGCCUGCUGGCCCUGCUGGUCCUAGUUAAGCAGCUGAUGAGCUCAGCCGUGCAGGACAUGAACUGCAUCCGCCAGCCCCACCAUGUGGCCCUGCUGCGCAGCGGCGGAGGAGCUGAUGCCCUGGUGGUACUGCUCAGUGGCCUGGUGCUUCUGGUCACUGGCCUGACUCUGGCUGGGCUAGCUACUGCCCCUGCCCCUGCCCGGCCACUGGCUGCCAUGCUGUCUGUGGGCAUUGCCCUAGCCACCUCGGGCUCACUCCUGCUGCUGGGCUUGCUGCUAUACCAGGUGGGCAUGAGUGGACACUGCCCUCCUAUCCGUGCCGCUGUCCCCUCCACCCACAGUGAUCGCAGUGGCAACAGUAGCAGCAUCUUCAGCAUCUCAGGACAGCUGUCAGCCGGCCAGCGGCAUGAGACCACCUCUAGCAUCGCCAGCCUCAUCUGACCCAGCCAGAACCCCUCUUGUCCUAGCACCCACACAACUGUAUUGGGACAUGAGCACGCAGGUGUGCAAGCAUGUAUGUAUACAUGUGUGUGUGUGCGCGCGCGCGCAUGUGCGCUCACAGAAAAGAGCAGCAAGUCUAUCUGAGGGUGUGCAUGGACCCAGGACUGCCCAACACUUCCAUGGAAUCUGUGAAGUAUGGCAGAGAGCUGGAUUGUACUCACAGGAGGGUAGGUGUGUGUGUUCAUGACACAGUCCUGGGUUGAAAUCCCCACUUCCCCUGCUGUCAGCCUUAGCCAAGUGACUUAACCUCUCUGAGCCUCAGUUUCCUACAGUAAUGGUGGCAGUUGUGGUAACUGACUGUGCAGAUGGAAAUAUAUGGAAGGCUGAGUGACUGGCUGAUGUUCAAUAAAAGUGGUGGCUUAUG